GGUCUCUUGACAGAAGGAAACAUGGCGACUUACGAACAAGAAGACACUGUUCGGGUUCGAACCCUCGUAAGCAGUUUAACAAUGGAUGUUCUUGAAAAACUUGGAAUGAAACUCAAUCCAAGACAUCCUAUGAAAGAUUUCAGGUAUUUGGCAGGCAAAAUGAACUAUAACUACGAAACGGUAAGAAAUUUCGCGCUACAGAGAAAUCCCACAGUUGCUCUACUGCAUGACUGGUUCAUGUCCCAUACGAAGAACGGUGAAGCCAAAACAGUGAGUCACCUGAUUGAGCUGCUUAAAAAUAUGAAACGAGACGAUGUUGUUGAAAUUCUUCAACCCUUGGAAUUUUCAGGUAAAUGUCUCGGUUGUCUUGAGUUUGUUUAGAUGUUAUAAAUUCUUUGUAAUUGAAUAUGCCUAACGUUAGCUGUUUAAUAUUUAUUGUGAUUUGUGCGUGAUCUCUUGAAUACUACAGUAGAACUUUCUGUCGUGGCAUAUUUUUCAUUUUCUCUAGUUGCUUUGCCAUUAAUCUUUUGGUUAACUAUUUCAGAUUUGAAAAAAGUGUGAUUAGUUGUCAGUCUCGGCGGAAACCAAUGCGUGCAAAUGCAAACAAAACGAAUUACUAGGAAAUUGUUUUCUUGCGUGUAUCAAGUGGUGGAAUGUGUAGUCUAAAGGGGAUAUUGAUCACCGAUAGGCCUAAUAUUUUGUGCGCUUUCACAAAUAUUUAGAACAAAUUUAUAAAAGUACGCUUAACACUUAAACUUAUUCAUUUUAAUUAAUGACAGAGUGUAAACUAGUGUGUAGGGCAGCACUAAAACACCGAAUCCGGAAUGAUGGAAACGGAAACGGAAUACGGAAUCUAUGAAAGAAGGUUCCAAGGGAUCGAUUUGAAAAAAAAUAUAUUAGCAGUGACAAUAAAAGUAAAUGAAUAAAUUUGAUACCUGGGCAGAGAAGACUGCUGUAUGACUAGAGGAGUCGAUUUCGGUGAAAAGACUCUUCAUAUCCCUUCCGGCAAUGAAUGCACAUUCUCAUAGGACAGCAAAGCGAGGAGAAAAACUAUAGCUGAGAAGACGUCACUGGCAAUAACUAAUUUCUCUAGAAAGAGGUAAGUUAUAUGGAGACCGACUUCGUUUAAAUCAACAGAGGCAUUGUUUAUGUUACUGAAAGGCAUCGUCGUCAAGUUGUUCCUGGGUGUCUUUUCUGGGUUGUCUUCAACAGUGUUCAAUUUUAUUUAUCAAGACAACUUACUCAAGAGAACCAUGGCAUUUUGGAGUCCAAAGAGAAGAGAGAAUUAUGCAUACAUUUGCUUGAUUCCAUAACCGAUUACAUAAAAAAUAAUGCCGCAGGUUUAAUAAGCCUAGAUUCAAUGUAAAAUAUGCACACCGUUUCCAUUGAUUCCAUUUCCAGAUUUCCAUGAUUCCAUUUCCAGAUUCCAGAUUCUGGAUUCCGUGUUUUAGUGCUGCCGAAACUAGUACAGUGUAACAAGACUAAAAUCUUGUCACUUCCAAAAAAAUGAAAGGGGAGGGACGCAACUUGUUGUUCUGUCUAUGUUUCCAGUUUGUUACUCGCCUGCAAUCAUGUCCUCUCUAUAUAUACCCCUAUAUAGCUCUAUGUGUCUCUCAUGGGCUGCAGGGGGUGAUACAUUUAUUUACCACAUCGCAUGUAAAAUUUAGCCUGAAUCAGGAGUUCUUUCUGUUGGUCCAGACAGAAUAUUCUACAGGGGUGGAUCCAGGAUUUUUCCUGCACCACUAAGGAAUGGUGUAACUGAGUGGUGAUGUGACGUGCCAAACUACCAUUUUUAACUUGUGGAUUACGCGUAGCAUAAGGAACAAGUUGUCAUGGGCGCUGCAAUACGCAAAUGAUUGACUCAAACAUAGACACCUUUCGUAAAUCAGUCGGCUCCCUACAAAAGUGCCCGAUUAUCAAAACAACAACUGUAACAGAAGAGAAAACCUUGAAUUUGACCAAAAUUUGGACUGAAAGACACUCAGUAAGCGCGGAUACAAAUUAUAAGGGGUGUAUAACUGUGCAUAAGUACUUGGAGGGUUUGCCAGACAAGCAAGUUUUCACAAUACUCAUAAUACUUUGAUUGGAAAUGAUUUAUCAGACACAAAAUCACUUUGGGGGAAUAAAAGAUUCAGUCCAAAAACAAGCAAGUUUCCCUAAGGGAGUGAGUGAAUCAAGCUAGCUUAUCAGCGGAACCAUUGACAAUUACAGAAAUUCGCCAACAAUUAAAUUUCUUUUCAGAGAUACCCCUCUUUAAAGCUUGUUUAAAACAAAGUAAUUGUCUUAAACGCCAUUUUAGUUUAAACUAAGGCUAAUAAAAUGAACUGUAUAUAAAAGGUGCAAGUAUGAGAAAUACGGAAAAAUUUACCUCUUCUUACUUUUUUUUUCUUGUAGUUAUAAACAUUGUCUCGAAAUGAAGAGUGUAUUUUUACAGAUGGCUUUGAUGAUCUGAAGGGAUGUAACCAAAAAUGUCUUUUCCAUGCAAUUUGAAAUCUUAGGACUUGAUAUAUUUUGCUUUAGACUACCUUUUUGAGCAAAGAAUCUUUUUGGACAAUUCAGAGUUCUUAUUGGUUGGUCUGAAAUUAAUUGAUCCUUAAGUUCCAGUAAUUAACUUAAUAUUGUUCCCAAUCUUAAUUUAAUUCUUUUCAAUGCAACUGCUUAAAAUUUUGUUUUCUAUCACAGAAAUUCCUCAGAAUCGUCCUGUGAACAACCUAAGCAACCCACAUGUGCCUUAUGACCUGUCUACUGCAUUUUAUGGUCCACCUGGACAAAGAAAUAUAUUUGGAGACUAUUCCAAAGGAGGUUUGUUUCCAUUUAAACAAGACAUUUGUGUAAUAUUUGUCAUAGCUGACUACCAGAGUGCUUGCCAAUUAGGAGAGUGGCACCUUCUGUCAGUUAUCAAUAUUACUGGAUGAGCCUGAGUAUGAUUUUCAGUAGGACAAUUUAUUGCACGAUGACUACAACUACCAGAAUUCAUUUCGGUUUUGCUUUGUUCUUUAAAUCUGUCAAUCCCGCUGAGGAUUAAAGAACAAUAGCCUUAAUUUGCCCGAGAAAACAACAAACCCAAGGAUUCUGGUAGUUGUAGUAAAAUGUCAUCAUCACAUGUGUGCAAUAAUAAUAUUAUUGUCCUAUUGUCACCAUCUGGGCCUCUGAGUGAGAUAUAUAGUAGAAUGGUUCUAUAUCUGAUAUUAUACAGUAUAACUGCAGGGUUCUCAGGUGAAGAGUGUGAUGUAAAAGGAGAAUAUUCUGAAAGAUUCUCCACAUCUGGAUAAAAAAAGUCAUAGGCUACCAAAUGUUAGCAGGAGAAAUCUGCGUAGUAAACAGAGAAUUCUCCAAUCUCCGAUGCCCAAUGAACACCUUGUAACUGACUAGAAUACACCUAGGCUUUUUGUGGUAUUGCAACCAGGUUAAGCUUCAUUUACCUGUGACUCAGACCUGCUUAAGAUUAAUUUAUUUGCAUCUAAUACAAAGCAUAUGUUUAAGUAAUACAGUAAGUUGCUGUUAAUCAUUGGCUUUGAUUCUUUAUCUAUGAAAGUAUUAAUUGCCUAAUCUAUUGCUGUUGUUAUGGUUUAGAAUUGGUCCAUCUUACAGUGCUUUAUAACCCAUCCUCCCCUUCUAAACUUAGUAUGCCUCAAAAUACAGACCACUCAAACUGUUUACAAUAGUAAGAAGGAUAUCUUGAGAGUAGCAGACAGCUUUUAGGUCUAAAUGUUUGUGGUUGUUACUCAAUUUACAAACCUAAAGUAGUAAGUAGGUGGCAAAAAUUCCACUGGAAGCAGCUACAUUGCCAGCUCCAGCUCAUUUUGACUGAGCUAAAAUAAUGAAGAGGAUUUCAGUUAUUCCAUCGUUAAUGUUUUUUUGUACCACUCCAUGGUAUUGCUUGAAUGUGAACUGAUUUUUGUAUUUAUUUGAUCAGAUUUAAAAGAAACGCGUCCUCCUCAAGAAAAUGAGUAUCUCCACUGUAACAACUUAUCUGGGAGUAGACUGUACAAUAACUAUGAAGGGGAUGAAAGUAAGUGUGCAGUAACUUAAGUUUGUAAAUGCAAUGUGGAACCUCAUUAAUACAGUCACCAAUGGGUCAGAAAAUUUGGCCAUAUUAACUGGGUGGCGGUAUUACCGGGGCAAGGUCAAAUUUCAUGACUUGAGGGCCAUAAUGACAGAUACACCAUACAUCACAUUCACACUUCUUGAACAACUGUUCUAUUUAUUAAGAAAUAUUAUAUUAUAAGAUCGGCUACUAAACCACCCAAAAUAUGCAUUUUAAGUGUCCUGUAGUCUAAAAACAAUACAAGAAGACUGGCUCAGCUUACUACAUAUACGUCAAUGAAAUUGACAUGUCACCGGCAUUUAAUUUUCUAAACUUUGGACAAGUGGCCAUAUUAAUGGGAUGAAAUUAUAAAAGAUUCUACUGAGAUGAUUAUUUUAAAAUGCGGCUGUUGUACAGUUUUUUUAUUAGAAAAUGUAUGGCCAUUUUGCUGGGUCAACAAAAGUGGCCAUUAUGACAAGGUGAUCUUAUUACCAAGGUGGCUGUAAGGCAGGUUUUCACUUUAUGUUGAAAAAUGUACUACAGAGCAUGAGAAAAGCGCUGUCCUGCACCCUGUAUUUGUAGUAGACAUGAAAUGCCAUAAGCUGCCAUUAACGAAGAGUAAAAGUAUUGUUAUUGUAGUAACGUAGUUAUACGUAACUCCUUGGCUCAUUGCUUUUAUUUGCUAAGGGUAUUGGCGAGAGGUUACAUUCAAUACUCAGCAGAAUAUGUUUUAUGAUUUGGGAUCACCACUGGCAGCAGAGCCAAGACCACAAGGUAUGUACUAUUAAUGUUAUUGACUGCUGCACGGAAAUGUAUUUUUGUAGAACUUUAAUUUUAAUUUUGCAGAUUAGUUACCACGUAGGGAGAUUGAAAGGGAAAAAAGGAGCCCAUGGAGUAAGGUACCAGGGAUAUGAAGGAGUCAUUUCAAAGGGAAGAGAGGAGUAUAGGAAAGAUGCAGAGAAAUAAAAUGACAGCUAACACUAGAGGAAUGGUUUGCCAAAUAAUUUAUUAUUACUUCAUGAAAGUUUUUCUUGUAAUUUUUUUUUUUCUUUUGCAGUUCGACAUCCAGCAACUGUUCUCCAAAAUGGUAGGGACAAUAAUUCAUUAGAAGAACAAAUUGUGGCCUUUUUCAAGUUGCCAUGACAAAAUUAGUCAAGUAACUUUAUUUAAAAAAGACAAAAAACUGUCAGUCGGAGGCUCAUUUUCAAGGUGCCUUCUUGAUAGAUUUAAACCAGAGUUAAAUAAUAUAUGUGCAGAGAAUCAUUAUAAAUACUAAAAGUAUUAAGACUCAAUCUUUUCAAAGAUUAAAGGCAAGUACCAUCAAUAGUCUCUUAAGCAACCACCUUGGGAAUCCAUAAUAGUGGUGGCAUCCAUUUACAAAAAUAUGCUCUGCUGUAGGACUCGGGGACGUCUGAUAAACUUCCUGUUAGUGGUUACUUACAAAAGCCUUAAGCUGAAAGCUAAUGGUGUGUAAUUACCCAAUAGGCUCUGCUGUAGGACUCGGGAACGUCUGAUAAACUUCCUGUUAGUGGUUACUUACAAAAGCCUUAAGCUGAAAGCUAAUGGUGUGUAAUUACCCACAUACAUUUCAGCUAAAUUAAUAUUAACAGUUUCUAAUUUAUUAAUCAUAACAUUCAAAAUUAAUUCGUGGUCAUGCAAAUGUACUAUGUAUGAUCAAGUGUUGACUGAGUGGUUCCUUACAAGAACUUAAAAGCAAAGGAAAAACAAUGGUCAUUAAGAUUAUAGUCCUUAGAAAAUUGUUGACUUUAUUUGGUCUGUGCAACUGUAAAAUUUAAUUUCACAGGCUCAUCUCAAGGUGAAGCGAGUUACAGUGAGCUACAGACUAUGCAGCGGCCGCCCAAUACUAUCCCACAAAGCCCACCAGGUAUCAAAAUCACAGCUUUGGAAUGAACGUUUUUGCUUCUCUCUUUUGGAAUAUUCAGUAAUAAUUAGUUACUUAUCACCUGUACUGAUGUUUUUUUGUGCAUAACUUGUUUAACUUAUUAUUUCAUUAUAUCUUUGUCCCUAGGAUCUCAUUAUGGUGACGUAAAUGUGGAAUUGCCACCUGUUUACAGGCGGCACAAUUUUAUUCCUCCCAGCCCAUCACAGCUUCCUCCAAGCCCACCACGGCCUGGUAAGUGAAUCCAAAGUUGCAAAUAACAGUUAGACAGUGUGCAACUGAGAUAUGCUCCAUAUUCAAUGAAGUCUUACCUGUGGUCAGGCAUGAUGACCAAAACAGAUAAAAUACCAAAGAUAAACAUUUUAAAGCUAAAGAUUUAUGGAAGGUGACCAGAGGAGCCUGCCAUCCUAAUCUCCAAGCUGCUAGCUUUCAUUUGGGCUUCAACUAAGAAUGAAUGGAAUGCAAGGGAGACAAGAAAUUAAAAGUCAUGUUUACAGGUUGCAUGAUGUUUGCGUGUUUUCAAUAAUUAAACAUGACAACAACAACAACAACAACCAACCAACCACGUUAUUUUGCCAACUUAAAACAUUGACAAGAACAGCAUAAAUUAAAAUAGAUCAGGCAAAAAAACCACUCAGAAGAGCAAAGAAGAACUAAACGACCUGAGUAGUUACAACAAUUAAAUUACAUUUUAUAGGGUUGCAACACACAAAAGAUAGAGGAAAAAUGUCAUAAAUUUAGGAGAGAAAAAAGUGAUAAAAAAUAAAUUUUAAUUAAUUAAUUUAAUUAAGAUAAAAUAGAACAACUUAAAAGGAAAAAGCAAACAAACAAAAACAAAAAAUGGUACCAGAGAAUCAUAAAGUUUACAUUAAUAAGGGUAAGUUAUUCGAUACUGUCCAGCAUCCACAGUAAGUUGAUAAUUAAAAUAUCUGUUUUCAUCAUUUGCUUGAAUAGAUUCAGGGAACUGCUUUUUAAAUUUUCAUCCAGAUUAUUCCAAACAGAUGUAAGUGAAAAGAAGUUGUCAAAAGCCUUAGGUAGUAGAUUGUGAUGGAAAUAAAAAAUAGAAAAGGGCAGUAUGAAUAAUCACAAGAUCCAUGAGCUUGAUUAAACCUAGCUGUGAAAACAGUGGGCUAGAAUGAGUUCAUUAAGAUUAUAGUCCUUAGAAAAUUGGUGACGUUAUUAAUUUUGGUCUGUGAAACUGUAAAUUUAAUUUCACAGGCUCAUCUCAAGGUGAAGCGAGUUACAGUGAGCUACUGACUAUGCAGCGGCCGCCCAAUACUAUCCCACAAAGCCCACCAGGUAUCAAAAUCACAGCUUUGGAAUGAACAUUUUUGCUUAUCUCUUUUUUGGAAUAUUCAGUAAUAAGUUACUUAUCACCUGUACUAAUGUUUUUUUGUGCAUAACUUGUUUAACUUAUUAUUUCAUUAUAUCUUUGUCCCUAGGAUCUCAUUAUGGUGACGUAAAUGUGGAAUUGCCACCUGUUUACAGGCGGCACAAUUUUAUUCCUCCCAACCCAUCAAGGCUUCCUCCAAGCCCACCACGGCCAGGUAAGUGAAUCCAAAGUUGCAAAUAACAGUUAGACAGUGUGCAUAAGAUAUGCUCCAUAUUCAAUGAAGUCUUACCUGUGGUCAGGCAUGAUGACGAAAUAGAUAAAAUACCAAGAUAAUCAUUUUAAAGCUAAAGAUUUAUGGAAGGUGACCAGAGGAGCCAGCCAUCCUAAUCUCCAAGUUGCUAUAUGCAUGCUGUGUAUAUUAAAUUUACUGUAAUUAGUGCUGACCUGAUCGAUAUAAUAAGUUGACUUUGAUGACAGCCUAGCACUAUACCCAUAAGAAGGUUGAGUUUGAUCGUCCGGUGAAUGUAGUCCUAACAGUUUUACUAUACCCAUGCUUAGACGAUAUAUAAGUGAAAGGAAGUUGUCAAAAGCCUUAGGCAGUAAAUUGUGAUGGAAUUGAAACAUAAAAAGGGCAGUAUUAAUAGUCACAAGAUCCAUGAGCUUAAUUAAACCUAGCUGUGAAAACAGUGGGCUAGAAUGAGCAUCUCGAUUAAAAUAUGUAAUUAUUUGCACUGCCUUUUUCUGUAAAACUACAACAGGGCUUAGAGUUGUAGCAUAAGUAUUACCGCAGACAAAUAUUAUUAAGCCAUAAGUUAGGAAAGAAAGAUGGUUUACCAAUAUCAAAUAACAGUGACGUUUUGAAAUUUUUCUUCAUAGUCAAUGUAUAUUUGUGUGGUUUUUGUUUCUGCAGUGGUCUCAGACAAGGUUGCUUUGGUCAUUGGAAAUCAAAAUUAUGAAUGUCAAAUGUUGCAAGGACUUGCUUAUCCUGAAAAAGAUGCCUAUGAUGUGGCUUUUGCUCUUCAAAGACUUGAAUUUAAGGUUGGUAGGGAGGGAGUCAUCACAAAGGUAGAUUUCAGAGAUCCUCUUGUCUAAUGGACAGAAAGUAAUCUUCAGUAACUAAGAAAAUUUAAUUUACUAUGAUCCAAAUGAAUGCAUGUGGUAUUUUCAUUAUUCUUCACAUGAAAGCAUGUUUGUAGUUUAGAAAGUUCAUGUUAAAUUUCUAUGCCAUACAGCCUGUUGACAUCAACCAUAAGAGCAAACACUGCAAAGCCAAUUUUUACGGGUCCAAAGUAGAAGAGCUAAGAGAGAUUGACCCUAGAUCGUGGUGGAAGAAGGUGCUAUGGAUCAGUGGAGCAAAAUCAUCCUGUUCUAGUCACCUGCUUGCCCAAAUGCAUGUUGAUGAACUUAAGAAUGUAUCUACACAGAAAAUAGCUGAUGUGAUUAACAGCUCUCUUUUGGAGCACUUAGAAGAGUAUUGGCUUCUUAAUGCCAUUGACAAAGCUUGUGGAUGAUCAUGCCCCUGAGUUCCUUCUAAUUUCAGAACAAGACAUUAUUUUAUUAUAAGAAACUCUCCCACCUUAACCCAGUGAAAGCUAGUGGGCCAGAUGGAAUUCCGAACUGGAUACUGAAAGACUAUUCAGAUUUCCUUGCCAACCCAGUAACUACAAUCCCAAAUGCCUUGUUUAAGGAGCAGCAUUAGCCAAGCACUUGGAAACUGGCUGAUGUGUUGCCCCUUCCUGAAAUGAAACCUAGCAAGGAACUUAAAAAAGAUAUCAGACGGAUAUCACUCACACAAUGUACCUCCACGGUUGCUGAGGACUUCAUCAUCUCCCAGUACGUGAAACCAGCUGGGCUAAGUGUACUUGAUCCUAGUCAGUAUGGCGCCAUUCCAAAGUAGAGCAAAACAUUAGCCUUAUUGGAGAUGAUUCCAUCAUGGACUACACAGCUCUCCAGUAUUUCACUAUUCGAGAGGGGUGGGGGGGCGCUUAUUAACUUUCUUCUCUUGAAAAGGGGAGUUUAUAGGGGGGCUUAUUUGAGAGUAGGGGCUUAAUAGAGGAUUUAUGUUAGUCAGCUUUGCAUUUACCAUAAUUAUGAUCACAGAAAUGACUGAAUUAUUAUUAUUAACCCUUUUGUUUAGCAAGUUUCUGGGAAGUAUCCCAGGGUUGUCACUAAGAUUUCAAGUUGCUGGGUAAAUACAACAAGUAGGCGGGGAAUCAAACAGCUAGGAACUUCUUUCAGUUCUAUUUUUCUUUUAUUUUCCUUUGAAAGUAGCCGGGGAAGACGUUCAUAGUAGCCGGGGGAAAUCCCUGGCCCCCGCCUCUUAAUGACAGCCCUGUAUCCAGCAUCAAUUUUCUCCUAACAACAUCAGCAGAUCAACAAGAGGAAAGGUUAUGAGAAUAAUAUUACUAAAUUGAAUAGCAAAGGAAGACUGCUUUGAUCUUAAACCAAAUUCUCUCAACUAGUCUUAAAGGAAUGUUAGAGAUCAGUCUGGAGAAUUUGUAUUUGGAUGUUGGGGCUUAAAAGGUUAAACUGUAGAGGAACAAAAGGGGGAGAUAGAGCAAUGAAAAAGAAACACAGAUAGGCAAAACUGAGGAAGAUUAGAGUGUGCUGGGUUUAGGUUUUUAAAACUUGAAAACAUCAGCCAGCUCUUUCUUCAAAAUAAUGCAAGGAAAAUUUUAUGUGCCAAUGAUUUAGCAAAUAAAUUUCAGCAUUAAUUUGAAGUUACCUUAGUCAUAUUUGU